CAAGCCACUUACCUUAAACAGAUUUCGAAUCUCACACUCAAACUUGUUUUUCCCACUCUCUCCCGUCCCGUUUUCCUCCUCUUUCCUUCCAAACAAUCAUGUCUAUCCUCCUUCUCUUCCUCCUCUCUAUCCUCCCAUUCUCUCUCUCUUCACCAACUGAACAUGAGGUUCUCCUCAAAAUCAAGGCCUCAUUGGACCCACAGAACCGCUUCUUGUCAUCGUGGACACCUUACUCCGACCCCUGUACCGGCGGUUCAUUUGAUGGGGUUGCAUGCAACGAAGAAGGCCACGUGACUAACAUUUCGCUGCAAGGGAAAGGUCUCUCCGGGCAGAUACCGGCGGCUCUGGGUGGACUUAAGAGCUUGACCGGUUUGUACCUGCAUUUCAACGCGUUAAGUGGGGAGAUACCAAAGGAGAUUGCGACUCUGAGUCAACUCACCGACUUGUACCUCAAUGUCAAUAACUUGUCUGGAGAGAUUCCUCCUCAGAUUGGCAACAUGACUAAUCUUCAAGUUCUUCAACUAUGUUACAAUAGGUUGACUGGGAGCAUACCUACACAGUUAGGAUCUCUACAGAAGCUUACUGUCCUUGCUUUGCAAUAUAAUCGAUUAACUGGUGCAAUCCCUGCAAGUUUGGGGAAUUUGGAGAUGUUAACAAGGCUGGACUUGAGCUUUAAUAACCUUUUCGGUUCUGUUCCAGUGAAGUUAGCCGAUGCUUCCAUGCUAAAAGUGUUAGACAUCCGCAAUAACACCUUAUCUGGCAAUGUACCGCCAGUUCUGAAGAGACUGAACGCUGGGUUCCAAUACGAAAACAAUCUCGGCCUAUGUGGUGUUGGGUUCCCUAACCUGAAAGAUUGUGCAGAUUCGACUAAAAUGUAUGGAAACAGACCUGAACCGUUCGAGCCCAGUGGCCUUAACAGAAAGGAUAUCCCCGAGUCGACCUACUUACGACCUGAUUGCAGCAGAACUAACUGUUCAAGGCCAUCAGGAAGUCCACAAAUAGGUGUAAUCUCCGGCAUUGUUGGUGUUGUUCUUGUGUUGACAGUUGCAGCACUUUUCACAUUUGCAUGGUACCGUCGGAGAAAACAGAAAAUUGGGAGUGCUUUUGAUACUUCAGAUAGUCGGCUUAGCACUGAUCAGGUCAAGGAGGUUAACAGGAGAAGUGCCUCGCCCCUAAUUAGUUUAGAGUAUUCUAACGGUUGGGACCCAUUAGACAAAGGUAGGAGUGGGAAUGGGUUUUCCCAGGAAGUUUUUGAGAGCUUUAUGUUCAAUUUAGAAGAAGUAGAGCGUGCAACUCAGUGCUUCUCAGAAGUAAAUUUGUUGGGGAAGAGCAAUUUCUCAGCUAUCUAUAAGGGGUUCCUAAGAGAUAGUUCUGUUGUUGUAGUAAAAUGCAUUGCCAAGACCAGCUGCAAGUCGGAUGAAUCCGAGUUUCUGCAAGGUCUGAAGAUAUUGACCUCAUUGAAACAUGAAAAUCUUGUGAGAUUGAGAGGUUUUUGCUGUUCAAGGGGCAGGGGGGAGUGUUUUCUCAUCUAUGAUUUUGUCCACAAUGGAAAUCUGUUGCAGUAUCUUGAUGUGAAGCGGGGCAGUGGAAAGGUUCUUGAAUGGUCCACCAGAAUUUCUAUCAUUUGUGGCAUUGCCAAAGGUAUUGGGUAUCUACAUGGAAGCAAAGGAAGCACAGGAAGCAAACUUGCUCUUGUUCACCAGAAUAUAUCUGCAGAGAAAGUGCUUAUAGACAACCAAUUCAAUCCCUUGCUCUCAGAUUCUGGCCUGCACAAACUCCUUGCAGACGACAUUGUCUUCUCCACUCUCAAGGCUACUGCUGCAAUGGGAUACCUUGCUCCUGAGUACACUACUACUGGCCGUUUCACUGAAAAGAGCGAUGUAUAUGCAUUUGGUAUGAUUGUAUUUCAGAUACUAAGCGGAAAACGAAAAAUCACCCAACUGAUUCGCCAUUUUGCAGAGCCAUGCAAAGUUGAAGAUUUUAUUGACAUGAAUCUUGAGGGUAAGUACUCAGAUUUUGAGGCUACCAAACUUGGUAGAAUUGCUCUGCUUUGCACCCACGAAUCUCCUAACCACAGGCCAUCCAUGGACAAUGUGAUACAAGAAUUGAGUGGAUUAAUGAGCAGUUCUUUAACUAAUUAGAGUUAUUACCUCAAUUUUCAAGUAAGCUGAGGUAGGAUGCGGCUAUUACUAACCUCUGGUUGAUGUCAUAACUGAACCACCCCUUUUAUUAAUCUCAUCUAACUGCCAUGUCCUUUCCUUAGGAUUUGAAUUCCCUGUGCAUGUAAAGUAGGUGUCAUUUUGUUGUAAUUGGAUGUAAAAGAACCAAAGGUAGGGGAACCUGCCUUCCAACUGAAUUAAUUUAAUUUCGACUCUUCAAACAAGGCUGUUUCCCGUAGUAGCAACUCCAAUAUUACGGUAGUAAGUAAUUUUUCAUAUGUUCACGCCUUACAGUCAUCCGGAUGACUAGUCAUGGUUUUCUAAUUUAGCAUACCUAAUUCCAUUGAUCAUAUUAGCCCAAGUGGCAACAUCCCUUCUCAGCAUCUUAUCAAGCAAAGCCUGAGCAUCUUCCAUAUUCCCACACUUUACAAAUCCAUUACUCAUCGAGUUCCACGAAAUCAAAUUCCUAUAAGGCAUUUCCUCAAACAAUUCCAAAACAAAACCCCUCCCCAUUUCUCCAAUUGCUCGUAAAUACUGAUCAUAGAAUUCCAAGUUAUCAAAUUCUUAUCCUCCGUUGGCAUAAAUUCAAAUAAUUCGCUUGCCAAAUCAAUCAUCCCCCUUUUAAUAUACCCAUCAAUCAUUGAAUUAUACAAAGAAAUCAAACAAUUUUUCAAAAAUAAAUCAGAUCCAACAUUCAUCUUUCUCAACAAGCCAUUAACUACAUUCCUUCAUUAAACCCGACAGAGAACACGGUUUAAGUAACCAAAGGCAACGUGAACCUAUCAAAACAAACCAAAUUGUCCAGCAUCAAAGCAGAGCAUGACAAAUGCUUGUUUUGGGUCUCGCCCAUGGGGAAACGACUUAUUUGAGCUAGCCCAUGAAGUUGAAAUACUCCCAGUUAAGGCCCUAGGACUCAGAAGUACUCAAUACAUCAAAAGCCCAGAACUUUUAUGUUGGCUUCAGCAAGACCUUGUCACAAUGCAUGAAA